GCGCCGCGGCCUAGCUCUCCCUCCUUCCCCCCCUCUUAAAACCGCCACCACGACGACGGCGCCUCGUCUCGUCGGAGAAAACCACCACCAAGUCCAACAACGCCCGCAACCGCAACCGCAACAGCACCACCGCGAGCGAGCGAGAUUCGGGGGGAGGUUCUCUCGUCUUCGAGCCUGCGGUUGCUCAACUGAAGCGAGGAGGAGGAGGAGGAGCAGCAGUAGCAAACAGAGUCGUCGUCGCAGAUGGAUCGGUACCACAGGGUGGAGAAGCCGCGGGAGGAGGAGGCCCCUAUCGGCGCCAACGAGAUCCGCAUCACGGCGCAGGGCCGGCCACGCAACUACAUCACCUACGCGCUCGCCCUGCUCCAGGACAAUGCAACAGAUGACAUUGUCAUCAAGGCCAUGGGAAGGGCGAUCAACAAGACAGUUGUCAUUGUGGAGCUUCUUAAGAGGAGGAUUGCUGGUCUCCAUCAGAAUACCUCUAUUGAAUCCAUUAACAUAACUGACACUUGGGAGCCAUUGGAAGAAGGCCUUGUCACUCUUGAGACCGUUCGCCAUGUGUCCUUGAUCACUAUUAAAUUGUCAAAGAAGGAGCUGGAUACAUCAUCCCCAGGUUACCAGCCACCCAUACCAGCUGACCAGGUCAGGCCAGCAGCUGAGUUCGAUCAGGAUGCAGAGGCUGUACCAAGUGGUCGUGGAAGAGGACGUGGUCGUCGAGGCAGGGGCAGGGGAAGGGGAAGAGGGUUCAGCAAUGGGGGAGUAGACUAUCAUGAUGAGUUUGGUGAACCAGAGGAGGCUCCCCGUGGGUAUGGUGGCAGAGGGAGGGGUCGUGGAGGGCGUGGAUCUUUUGCACCUGGAAGGGGCUAUGGUGGUGAUAAUUAUGCGAUGGAAGAAGCCGGUGGAUAUGAUGAUGGAUACAAUGCACCACCUAUGCAAGGAUAUGAAGGUGGCAGAGGAAGGGGCAGAGGUCGGGGCCGUGGGCGUGGUCGUGGGCGUGGAAGCCAAGGCCAGGGACCUCCACAGCAGUAGAUUGGCUGGUGCAUCAACGCGGGGAUGCCAUAAUUCCACAAGAUUAAUGUUACCGUCCAUUGUAACUUUUAUAUCUGGUUAUUAGGUUUAUGUUGAAAGUUGACAUAGUGACUCCAGUGUGGGGGAUGAGGCUAGUUAUGAUUUUUGUAGCUAGGUUAUUCGUCCAUUUGCCUAUUUAUUAUCUCAAGAUCGGUGCCGUUUCAAUUGUGCAUUGUAGCCUCCGUUAAAACGUGUUAUCUUUAAAGUUAGUUCAGAAGAUUUUUUAUGUGGAACGUUUGUUUUCAACUUGAAAAUACCAUCGUUCUGUGAACAUGAUAGUGAAAUGCACUUAACAAGUUCAGCAUCUA